AUGACUUGCUCAUCGUGUUCCAACUCAAUUUCGGCGGGUCUAUCGGAAAUUCCAGGAGUCUCCGACAUUGCUAUCAAUCUCCUCAGUAAUUCCGCCACCCUGGUGGGGUCUAGCCCCGACAUCAUCCCCACGAUUCUUUCCACUAUUGACAACCUAGGUUACACGGCUGAAGUCGUGAGCACAGAGCCUCUGUCUGGGUCAACGGCCAAGGCCACCAAGAUCUAUUCUGAGAAGGCCUUCGUUGAGCUGUCCGUGGGCGGCAUGACUUGUGCGUCCUGCGUGAACACCGUUACAGGCAUUUUGUCGGAGAUAUCUGGAGUCUCCGAAGUUUCAGUCAGUCUCAUCGGAAGAUCGGCGACAGCGCUGAUCGAACGACGUGACCUCGCCUCGAAACUUGCAGAAGCCAUCAACGACGCCGGAUAUGAGGCCGAGGUCAUUGAGGUUCGCCCCGUUGAUGCCGACGAGGUCACGGGACCGCGUUCCGUGUCUCUGCGCGUCGGCGGCAUGUUCUGCUCGCACUGCCCCGGCAGGGUAAUGAAGGCCCUCAGUGCCCUGGAACCGUCGGUCACGAUAAACAAGGCUUUGGCGACAUACACAGACCCCAUUCUUUCCGUCGAAUACACCCCGUCGCCUCCGAGCCUCACAAUCCGCACUAUCGUCGCCGCAAUCGCCAACGCUGGGGAGAAGCCGGGAUCUUUCACAGCCACCAUCUACCAGCCUCCAUCGCUGGAGGAUCGGGCUCGCUUUAUGCAACGGCGCGAACAACGUCACCUACUCAGCCGGCUGCUUUUCUCCGUCGUCGCGGCCGUUCCCACCUUCAUCCUCGGUAUCGUCUACAUGACGCUCGUUUCCCCCGACAACUCCGUCCGUCAGUGGCUGGAAGAGCCUCUCUGGACCGGGAAUGUGUCUCGCGCCGAGUGGGCGCUGUUUUUCAUGGCGACCCCGGUCAUGUUCUAUAGCGCGGGUACGUUCCACAGACGCAGCCUCAAGGAGAUCUACGCCUUGUGGCGUCAGGGAAGCCGCGUUCCGGUUUGGAGGCGUUUUGUGAGAUUUGGAAGUAUGAACCUCCUGGUUUCCACUGGAGUUAGUGUGGCGUACUUUGCGUCCAUAGCGCUCCUCGCGCUCGCGGCGGUGCAAGAGCCCUCAUCUUCUGGGAUGGGGGAUACGACUACAUACUUUGACUCGGUCGUGCUCUUGACGAUGUUCCUUCUGGCCGGACGAUACCUUGAAAGCUACAGCAAAGGUCGCACUGCGGAUGCCAUCACUGCCCUCGGCAGGCUGCGCCCAACGACCGCCCUCCUUGUCGUGGACAAAUCUGUCGCAUCAUCAUCAGAGCUGUCGCGCGCCUCAACGAUCGAGGGCGCCGACCCAGAAAAGGGCGACACUCAGGCGGAAGAACUUAACGUUACUGCUAAGCCAGGAACCAAGGUUGAGCGCAUCGGCGCAGAGCUCCUUGAAGUCGGCGACAUCGUGCGCGUACUAAACGGAGCGAGCCCACCGGCCGACGGAACAGUCAUCUCCGGAGAAGGCGGUGCGUUCGACGAAAGCUCCCUCACCGGCGAGUCGCGCCUCGUCAAGAAGCAGCUCGGCGACCAGGUGUUCUUGGGCACCAUCAACAAGGCUGGCGUCGUAGACGUGCGCGUCGACGAGAUCGGGGGACAAACGAUGCUGGACCACGUCGUGAAGGUUGUCCGCGAAGGUCAAUCGCGCCGCGCCCCCAUCGAGCGCGUCGUCGACCUCGUCACCGGCUACUUCGUCCCCGUCGUCACCCUCCUCGCGAUCGCCACCUGGGUCAUCUGGCUCAGCCUCGGUCUCAGCGGCGCGCUCCCGCCCGACUACCUCGACAUCGAAGUCGGCGGCUGGCCCGUAUGGUCGCUCGAGUUCGCGAUCGCCGUCUUCGUCGUCGCCUGCCCGUGCGGCAUCGGCCUCGCCGCGCCCACCGCGCUCCUCGUCGGCUCCGGGCUCGCCGCGCGCUUCGGCAUCCUCGCCCGCGGUGGCGGCGAGGCCUUCCAGGAGGCCGCGCAGCUCGACGUCGUCGUUUUCGACAAGACCGGCACGCUCACCGAGGGCGGCGCGCCGCAGGUCACGGACGCGGACGUCACGCCCGCGUUCGGCCUGAAGAAGGAAGAGGUGCUGGGCAUCGCGAUGGAGAUCGAGGGCGCGAGCUCGCACCCGCUCGCGACGGCCUUGCGCGCGUACUGCGCGGCGCACGGCGCCCGCGCGGUUGUCACGGCCGGCGUGGAGGAAACUGCAGGGCGGGGGCUGAAGGGGACGUGCGCGGAGCUGGGCGCGACGGCGGUCGUCGGCAACGAGGCGUGGAUGGAGGAGCACGGGGCGCGGGUGGACGGGCGGGUUGCGGACCUGCUGUUCGCGUGGAAGUCGGAGGGCAAGAGCGUUGUGCUCCUUGCCGUGAAACGUGCGGAGGAAGGCGAUGAGGCGUUCGUGGUCGUCGCGGUCUUCGCUGUUGCGGACAAGGUUCGCCCCGAAGCCAAGGAAGUGAUCGCGCGCCUGCAGGCGCAAGGCCUUGGGACGUGGAUGAUCUCGGGCGACAACACUAUCACCGCCAAAGCUGUUGCGCGCGGGGUCGGUAUUCCGGAGACAAACGUCAUCGCUGAAGUCCUCCCUCACCAGAAGGCCGAGCAGAUCCAAAACCUCCAGCGUGUGGGGCAGAAACGCCCCCUUAGCAAGGUGGCCCGUCUCCUGGGCCGGCGUCGCCUCAACGAACGGUGCAUCGUCGCAAUGGUGGGCGACGGGAUCAACGACGCACCCGCUCUCGCUGCCGCGGACGUCGGAAUUGCGAUCGGUUCGGGGAGCGACGUCGCGAUCUCGAGCGCGGCGUUCAUCCUGGUGUCCUCGAACUUGCGGGGCCUGUUGACACUCACGGAUCUGUCGCGCGUCGUGUUUAACCGCGUGAAGUUUAACUUCAUGUGGGCUUCAGUUUACAACUUGGUCGCUCUGCCCAUCGCAGCCGGUGUUGUAUACCCGGCUGGACAUGCAAGGCUCUCUCCUGUGUGGGCGUCCUUGGCUAUGGCGCUUUCGUCCGUUUCCGUUGUUUGCAGCUCCCUCUUGCUUCGCCUCUAUCGGGAGCCCAAGAUCGCUACCCCUCAUCACGAUUAG